UUUUCACGGAAAUACGUGUCUUUUAGACAGCCGGCAAAAUAACCUUACUGUUACAUUCACUUUAAUAUGCUGACACGACACAAGCAGAGUAACAGCUGUCAUAACCAAGAAAGAGACGUAAACAAAUUUUAGUAAAACUAUUAAAGUUUUAUAUUAUGGAGGAACAGGAUAUUCCUAUUGAUAUUAAUAUUGGAAAAUUAUUAGAAUGGUUAAUAAACAGAAGACAUUGCUCUAAGGACUGGCAUGUAAAAGUUUUAACUAUCAGAGAAAAAAUUAACAAUGCAAUACAAGAUAUGCCUGUUCAUGAGGAAAUUGCAAAAUUACUAUCUGGUUCAUAUAUAAAUUAUUUUCAUUGUUUGAAAAUAGUAGAAAUAUUGAAAGAAACUGAAGCUGAUACAAAAAAUGUAUUUGGCAGGUAUGGCUCACAAAGAAUGAAAGAUUGGCAAGAAAUAUUACGAUUAUAUGAAAAAGACAAUUUAUAUCUUGCAGAAGUUUCUCAGAUACUUAUAAGAAAUGUUAAUUAUGAAAUUCCAAGUAUUAAAAAACAAAUUCAGAAAUUGGAACAAAUACAAGCUGACUUUGAAAAAAGAGAGGCAGACCAUAAAAAAUCAGAAAAUGCAGCUAGGUCGGAAUUUAACUCACUUUGUAAGCAGCUAGGUAUUCCUGGAAAACAAAUUAAACAGGAAUUAUCUGAAAAAGUAAAAGAACUUCCAGAAAUUUAUGAAAAAAUUGCUAAAAAGAUUAAGUCAUUAGAAAAAGUUGUAGAAUUCUAUUGUGGUUUUGUUAAUUAUACUCUUGGUAGACAGUAUGAUGAUGGUUGUGUUCCUAUGAUACAAUACAUAGUUGAUAAAGGAAAUACUACUACAUAUGAAUGGAUCUAUGGCGAAGCUCCAUUAUCAGUUAGUGAACCACCUUUAAAUAUAAGCUUAGAUAAUGAUGAUCUGGAGAAGAAGAAAGUCGAAGAUAUUGAUAAUGUUGGAAUUGAUUUUGGAGAAAUUGAUAUAAAUGGCGGCAUAAAUUUCGGCGAUGUUAAUUUAGAAGCUGGGGGUGAAAUUGAUUGGGGUGAUGGAAAUGUAGAAGAAGCUGUACUUGGAGAUAUUGAUUAUAAUAUUUCUUUAGAAGAAUCUGGUAUAGUCGUAGAAGCAGCUGGUCAUGAAGGUGGAAUUGCUACUGGUACUGAAGCGUACACAGUCCUUGAUAAUCCAUCUACUAGAAAUGAUUUUAUUAACCAGUUGUUUGAGCUGGAAGCAUUUCUUAAAUUACGUUUAUAUGAAUUCAAAGGUGACGAUAGUAUAAAUUUCUUAAGCUUCAGUCAAUUACAAGAUUCGUCUUGUAUUGUACAAAAUUCUACAUUAGAAAAUAAUCAGAAUAUGUUAGAUAACGUUCAAGUUGUCUUAUCUGAAAUUUUGGAUACUAAAGUUCAGCACUUGCAUAACAUAAAACAUUCUGCGAGAUAUGUAGAUGUCUUAACUUCAUCAUUAAAACAAAAAUUAAGUUUAGUUGAUAAAAUGAUAGCUUUACAAAAAUCUGUGAGAGAGAAACGAGAAAAGUGUGCACAAGAAGUUACUACUGUUCGACCUCUUCUUCAACUUCUUAUACAGAGAACAAAAGAACUACAAGUAGAGAUUGAAAAAGAUAUCUCAAAAAAAUAUAAAAACAGAGUUGUACAUUUAACCGGAGGUAUAAAUAUGUUGUAAAUAACUAAAAUAAAAAGGAGAAUAUAUCUACUGUAAAUAAGAUUUUAUUGCAGAAUAUAUAAUAUCAUAUACUAUGUACACAAA